CUAUCUUAUUUUUAUAUAUAUUUCUAUCCAUCGUUGUCUCCAUUACAAAAAUUCCUUCGUCCAUCGCCACCCAAGCUAUUUAUUUAGCUCUUCCUAACUCCCCACACGCCACAACCAUUCCAUCCUCCAAUGAACGACGCUACCGCCGCCACCCCCGCCACGGCGCUGUUAGAUCGCCGUGGCAAGUACAACCGCAGCGUCUCCCACGUGAACGACGAGUUCCACACGUUCCGCUCGUACCUCCGGUGGAUGUGCGUGGACCAGUCCAACAACUUCACCGCCGCACUCUCCUGGUCCCUGUUCCUCCUCCUAGCCCUCGCCGUCCCCGCCGCGUCGCACUUCCUCCUCGCCUGCCCCGACUGCGACGCCCGCCACUCCCGCCCCUACGACGCCGUGGUGCAGCUCUCCCUCACCUCCGUCUCCGCCCUCUCCUUCCUCUGCCUCGCCGGCUUCGUCCGCAAGUACGGACUCCGAAGGUUCCUCUUCUUCGAUAAGCUCUGCGAUGAGAGCGAGACCGUUAGAACCAACUACAUGGCGCAGCUCAAUAGGUCAGUGAAGAUCCUUUCGGUGUUUGUGGGGCCAUGUUUUGUGGCCGAGUGUGCAUACAAGAUAUGGUGGUACGCAUCCGGAGCCUCACAGAUCCCCUUCUUAGGAAACGUGUACGUGAGCGAUGCGGUGGCGUGCAUACUGGAACUGUGGUCCUGGCUGUACCGAACCACGGUGAUCUUCCUAGUGUGCGUUCUGUUCCGUUUGAUCUGCCACCUCCAGAUCCUGCGGCUGCGCGACUUCGCGAGAUUCUUCCACGUGGACUCCGAUGUGGCGUCGGUGAUGACGGAGCACCUUAGGAUUAGGAGGCACCUGCGAAUCAUAAGCCACAGGUUCCGCGCGUUCAUCCUACUCGCGCUUUUAUUGGUCACCGGAAGCCAGCUGGCGUGCUUGCUUGUUACAACUAAACAUACGCAAGAUAUGAAUAUUUACAAAACCGGUGAACUUGCGCUGUGCUCAGUUACACUCCUUUCUGCGUUGUGCAUCUUGUUGCGUAGUGCGACGAAGAUAACACACAAAGCACAAGCGAUCACGGGGCUUGCUGCCAAGUGGCACGUUUGCGCGACGUUGGAUUCUUUUGAUGGAGUUCUAACGGAAGGUGAGACACCAAUGGCUCCUCAAAGUUCCCAUGAAACAGUGUUUCCUAAUGUGGGAACGGAUGGAGAAUCAGAGACUGAUGAAGCUGGUGAUGAAGAAGAUGAAAUUGACACUACCAAGUUAAUCCCAUCCUAUGCUUAUAGCACCAUCUCAUAUCAAAAGAGACAAGCUCUUGUAAAUUACUUUGAGAAUAACAGGGCAGGGAUUACAGUAUAUGGAUUCAUGUUGGAUAGGAGCACACUCCACACAAUAUUUGGCAUUGAAAUGUCGCUUGUUCUUUGGCUGCUUGGGAAAACCAUAGGCUUCUCUUGAAGAAUCUUAUUUGAUUUCAUUAUUAUAAUUUAUCAAUCAGGGCACAGAAAAGAAAAAGAUAGCUUGUGAAUCAUGUUUGAUAUUGUUCCCAAUUGCCAACUGCACGCGGUUUCAAUUGGAUGAGAAGUUAAUAGUGCA